AUGAAACCUACCUACAUCAACGCUCUAUCAAGCUUGUGCGACAAAACAAAUGGUGCCGAUAUAGGCAUCGUUGGACAACUACUUGGAGAAGAUUAUAGACUGGACAACAACUACAUGACUGCCACAUUAGGAAUUGGAGGCCAAGAACUGAUGAAAGAUACUUUGUACAUGAAGUAUGCUUUUAGUGAAGCUGGAUUGUACCACGAGGCAAUGCUGACUAAGAAGGUUGCUCAUUUAGACGUGAAGAGGAGAAAGGAGUUUGUUCAGCUAAUUUUACGGAAAAUGCUCUCACUUAGGAACAGAAGGAUUACCAUAUUCGGAGUCACGUAUAAGAGCCGGGUUCUCGAUCUCACAAGAUCACCCGCGAUUAGCGUAUGCAAAGCCCUACUGAGAGAGGGUGCUUUCCUCCACAUAUAUGAGCCGUCAGUAGAUGAGCCAAGAAUCCGGCAACUUCUUGGUAAUCCUGAAGCAGUGGACAUUUUCGAUGAUGAUCCUAUAGAGGGAUGUACUGGCACACAUGCAGUUGCAUUUUUGGUGCCAAUGCACCAGCUACAAUUUAAUUUUCAAGGAAUAUUCAAUGUGAUGACAGAACAACCAGGAGGUCGAUAUUUGUUUAUGGGUUGGCACAUGAAUGUCAAUUUCGACAUUCUGAGACAGAUGGGCUUCCUAGUUUAUAUUAGUGGAAAACCUUAG